GUCAAGGGUCAGCUAUGGUUGAAGCAAGUCCUUGUGCUAUACUAAGUCCAAAAUGUGAGUGAUCUACGGUCUCCACUGCAGAAUCAUUCAGUGUUCAAAAUGUUGGCGGUCUGUGAGAAACUUCGCGAGGUGGACGCUAAAAGCAGGAGACUCGGGUUAGUGUGUACGGAGACAGGCUACCUCCGUGCACUGCUGGACGCCAUGGCCAACAAGGACACCAUGGUAGAAGCGGAGGCGCUCAAAAGUCUGGGCGACGUGAACGUGGAAAAGGGACGACUCGACAAGAAUGCUCUAAGAUUCGACAGGGCCACGAGCCUGUACAGGGCUGCACUGCUUCGGUGUGAGGACGCAGAGGUGAGAGAGAGCCUCGCACAUCGGUGUCGGUACGCAGUCAAACUAUUAUUGGGGAGGGUGACGAAAAAACCCUUGGGCCACCAAGUUACUUAUAAGCUGCAUACUAACGACAGGGAAUUGUCUUCGCCUGCGAAGGUGGCCGAGAAGUUUCUUCACCUGGAUCGAAGGUUGACCCGUGACUGUGACAACACCUCAGUGCUGAUUGAAUACACCAAGUUAAUGAUAGAAGGGAUCGUAAACAAGGACAUUAUGUUAGAGAUUGAAGCCAUUAAGAGUCUCGGCGACGUGUACCUGAGGAAAGGUACACAAAGUAGAGAUACGACAUGUUUGACCAAGGCCACUGCUCUGUACAACACUGCACUGGCACGGUGUGAGGGGGUACAGGGCACAGUGGCGCUCAUUCACCGCUUAUUGUACACGGCAAGAAUCAGACAAGACAUGCAAAGAACUGGAAAUGAGGGUUCAAGGUUCAGACAACGACAACAGUACAGACGCCAUCUGUCACUGGACUUGCCUUUCACGUCACCGAACACAGAGGGACAAAAGUUCAUGUUACCGAGUGACUACAUCUCCAGCCAGACGCCCAAACCCGUCCCAGACUACAGGUCAUACCAAGAGGAUAUGACCAUAGGGGACCGCGCACUGACUGAUGGGAAGCUGGACUUAGCUGAACGGAAGUUUGCAGCCGCUCUGAAACUCAUUCACGAUCCUACCAAACCCGACCGACGUAAAGAGGUCGACUGUCUGUGCAGACUGGGUGAUGUCUACGUCAGGCGAGGUAAAAGAACAAAAGAAGGUAGACAUUUCACACAGGCAGCAGCUCUGUACAACGCAGCCAUGGCCAGAACGGACGAAAAAACACACAGCUUGACGCAAAAACUACAGGAGAUAGAGCAAAGCCUUCUCCAAUACACUGCAGAUGUGGACAGCAAAUCCAAUCCGACUGAUCAGGCCAUGCGGCAUAAGAAGCGAUUAGAAGACAUUCGUUACCGUGCGAAAUUACAGCUAGAGGCCAUUGAUCAGCAGUAUGAUCCUUAUCAAUAUGAAGAGGACGAUCCAUGCAUGCGAACAGUCGAGGCUCAACGUGCUGAAGCAGUCAAGGUUUUGUUCAAGACCAUCGCCAAGGAUAGGCAGAUUUUUAUCCGUGAACUUGUUGACGAGUGUCUUGAAACGCUAGGUCCUCCUCCGUGCCAGUACGCUUUCAUCGGAUUAGGGUCACAGGCAACAGAACUGGUCACACCUUACUCAGACCUGGAGUUCGCCAUUCUGAUUGAGGAAGGAAAGGACAAUGAUGACACGCGGCGGUACUUCAUCAGCCUCACACACUACCUACACCUGAAAGUCAUCAGCCUCGGAGAGACCAUCCUCCCAGCCAUGGCCAUCCCCUCACUGAACGAUUAUCAAUCGGAGGACUCGGAGAAAAACUGGUUCUUUGACUCGAUCACACCUCGUGGAUUUGCCUUCGACGGUUUCAUGCCAUGGGCAUGUAAGACUCCGUUUGGAAGAGACAAGACAAAGAUGAAACCACAGGUUAGCCUAAUCCAGACCCCAACCAAUAUGGCAAAGUUUCAGCACCUGGACAUUUCUGUGUCAGAAGGGUACCACCUGUCAGACAUUCUCAGACGUUAUGUUUUCUUAGCAGGGGAAGAGGCUCUGGUAAACGAGUAUGAGAAAAAGAUUUCGGAAAUCAUCACAGAUGGUCUCCUCUCACAUUUCAAAUCCCGUCUGACUGCUAUGCAAAUAUUGUAUGAGAACAGGGAUCAGUUUUCUAACCGUGAACCUACUGGAGAACUGCUAAAUGUCAAGAAAGACAUAUAUCGUUUCCCAGGCAUAGCAAUCGAGCUACUAGCUCUGUGCUGUCAGAUCACACUGGCCAGCGCGUGGGAUGUGAUAGAUAGAUUGAAGGAAAUGGGAAAGAUUGAAGAGGAGAACGCCGCACACCUUACAGUACUGACCAGCAUCUCGGCAGAGCUCCGACUAAGAACAUACAUGGCCAACGGAGGACAAAAAGACAAUCUGUCCCCACUUACCGAAAUCAAAUAUGAAUCAGAACCUCACGAGAUGCCUGACUCUAUCCUGCGAUCCGUAUUCUAUAUUCCAGACGCCAAGGCCCUUUUCAGAUACUACUGUAGGGCUAUCCCUUUGAAGAAGUCUAUCCCUAACACGGUUCACGAUAGUCUGGAGGUUCAGUCAAGGCGGCUUUUCAAAACGACUAUGUUCGAUGCCUCCAAUGAAUGUUUGGGGCAAAUAGCAAACAAACUAUUGUUGCAAUACACAUCCAAACGCCACUGGGAAGCAGCGCUAGCUGAGGUCGGCAAUAAUGCUAUCAAACGUUCUAAGAUCUGUAAUAAAUUGGGACAAUAUUGGGUAUUUGGUAGUGAUAUUUCUAAAGCAAAGCACUACUUCGAGCAGUCACUAAGGAUAUGUAGAGGUUUUUAUGGAGACAACGUGGCACAUCCGGACAUUGUAGAUUCACUUAUGAACAUGGGGGUAUAUUGGACGCAACUCGGAGAUCAGAGGCAAGCAAUUAGCUACUUCGAACAAUCAUUAGCAAUGUCUAAAAGUAUCUACGGAGACAGCAUGGUACAUUUGGACAUUGCUGUGGCAUAUGAGAACCUUGGAAUAUGUUGGAGUCAACUUGGCGACCAGAAAAAUGCAAUCAGCUACUUGGAACAAUCACUAAGGAUGAGAAGAAACAUCUAUGGAAACAACACGGCUCAGUUGGGUAUCGCCAUGUCACUAAACCACCUGGGAGGGGAAUUUGCAUAUAUCCCAUGA